UCGUGCACUCCCAUCUCCAGUCGCUCAUUGUUGGCGCUUUACAAGAUUUACACAAUUUGCUUCCUGGCCUUUCUGGUCUGCUAGAGAUUUGCUCGGGCCAGGACAAGAUGCCCAUCAAGGCGCUGUGCAUCGAGCUGCGUCCCAACUUGCGCAGCGGAGUGGCGUUCCUGCAAUUCGAUCAACCGAUUUCGCGGAGCCACGAGACGCGCGUCGUCAUUCGGGAUUACAAUGUUUACAUCAGCGAGAAGACGGAGAAGCGGGAGAACGAGGAGGACUCCAGCUCCGAGAGCGACUGCGAGGACUCCGCACUGCUGCUCAUCCAGCACGACCACUUCGGCAUGGACAUAAACUGUCUGUCCACCUUCCUGGUCAGUGGCAGACACAUAAGCUUUCGUUUCAACUACAACCAGAUUGAUUUGGCCACCGUAGACGGUGGUGCCGUGGAGGUGCCGCUGGCCCCGCUGCUCCUCUCCUGCCAGGAGAACGAGGCCAUUACCAUCAACUGUCGUGGCUGCCGGGCGGAACUAGUGGCCGCCAGGAGCUAUCGACGGCUGCGAGAGUUUCCCAGCUGCGUGGUGGAUCCCAGCGAGUUCUUCUGCCACAACCAUGGGUCAGACGGCAAGUCCCAACCAUUAAGUCUUGUGCCCGCCGAAGCAGAUCUCUUCUAUGGCCUCAACUAUGUGGUUAUAAGCUUUAGCGAAGGAAAUCCAAACAUCCUCAACCGCGAGGAUCACUUGUACUGCAAGCGUUGUAUGCGCUUCUUGGGCCAGACCAUGUUCAAUGGCGCCGCCGCUCGACUCUGGGCGGAUGCAGUGCGCUGGCUGCCUGCAGGAGCUCCGGCUGCUGCCCCAGAGCGUCACUUGUUCCAGAGCUCCACGCUGACGCAGCUGGUCAAGCGCUUACUGUAUUCGCUGUGGCCGCAGCCGCUGCCGCAUCUCUGUUUGAGCACAAGUCGCGCGGUGCUGGUCACCUCGCUGCCCAGUCGAAAGCAGCAAUACAUGUUCCUGCACGUUGUGGAGUCGCAGCUUCGUGUCCUGCGUCGCAUCCGCACAGACUCGAAUCGGCUGCGCUGCUACCGCGCCUGCAAGCUGUACUACGGGGUUUUCGGAGGCGAUCCGCCGCUGCUGGAGAAGUGGCAGGCCCAGCAGACGCUGCCCCGGAUGGAGAUCUCGCCGGACAUGUUUCUGGCACUUCAGCAGCGACUCGACUUCAACGGCAAUUUGAUUCCACAUGCCUGGCGCGUCAACAGUGCGGAGGAGCAGCUGCAGCUGUCGUACUUCUUCUACGAGAAUGAGGAGCAGCCCGACGGAGUGGCCGCCACCAAGGAUGUCUUUCAGGGUCAGUUAAGCCAGCUGGACGGCAAGCAGCAGGAGGAGGAUCAGUACGAGACGGAUGCAGGUCAUGCCAGCGAGAGCGACGACGAGUACUCGGAUACGGACACUGCUUCGGAGGAGGCGGCUGUCCACUCGCUCGGAAAGCUGACUCUUCUGAAACGCUGUCCCACGCCGCCUCGCCCUUGCGAUAGCAUGUCCACCUCAUCAUCAUCCGCAUCCUGGGACGACAAGUAGUGACCCAUCCCUUCCCAUAAUCCCCAGCUUAGCUCGUAAGUCAACAAAUCCCUCAUUUAGUGCUUUCAAUUUGGGGUGUAUGUACGCGAUAGAAGCAAUCCUACCUAACUUUGGGAAAACUUGGUCUACUGCCAUUCAAUGUUGCAGGCACUUUAUGAAGUAACUUUAUCCAAAAUCCCCUGCUAAUGUGUUAACCACGGUUUCCGAUCCUUUGCUGUAGUUGUUUGUUGUGCAUAGGCGAUAGAAUCAAUGGUUAGCCAAUCUGCAGGAGUAGUAAUUAAUCAGUGAAGGUUGACCGUAAGGCCUAAGUCUCCUAAGUCGGACAUUUUUGUGUUGUGGAGAAACAUUUUAUUUAAUUACUUGACUCGAUCGUUUCAUACAUAUUUUGAUUUAGUUCAACAAAUGUUUUGCAACAAGUAUUAGCUUGAAAACAACUUCAAAGUGGUGGACAAUGCUUCCUAAAGUUGGCACAAAGACAACGCUUCUCGUGGCUGAGAAGAAAGACCCAUUCUGACGGCUGCGAGAUGCACUGCAUCGAAAACUAGUUAUUGCCUUUGCUUACACUUGACGUUCCGAGUAAUUAAACAUUACAAAUCAAAAAAUAUUGCGAGAAGGAUAAAGUAUUCAAUGCGGAAUGGAAAUAUUUGAAAUAUUCAAUUUUUAUAUAUUUUCAAAGAACUGAAAAAUACGUUUUCCAAAAUGUGACUUAGCAAGAGUAAACAAAUAUCAAAGAAGGUAGGGAGAAUAUAUUUGGUGUAUAUAUGCUUAUGGUGAACCUAAUCAAAAUUAAAAAGGAGUAUUCAAACUUUGUAUAAUUCGAAAAGAGCUUUGACUAUGAUUAAACUACGCAAAUAUUUCAAGAAAGCUAUUAUUGUCAAACAUUUGUAAUUCAGUUUUAACUACGUAGGACAACGAAUAGUCGAGAAGGUAUAUAUUUUUGAAUAUCUGAUGUAAACUAUUAAAUAUCUACUUAUGUGUAUAAAGUCAACGGAAUGAAUGCAAGGAAGAACAGUGCGCGCCGGGACUGUAAGACAGUACUGCAGACCGUCACGACGCGCACUGUCCGCACACUCGCAAAUGUGAUUGAAGACGCUUUGGGUAAUCUCAACUUGUGUUUAGUUUUAAGCGAAACUCAUGUGUUCAUCCAAACAAAGAAGAGGACAGAAGGCUGGCCAGAAUCAGGCGACGAAGAUGACCUGAGGAGUGAGGGUAAAUAAAGUUGGAAUCAUACAUUCAUUUCUCAAAGAA